UCUAUUACGGCCGCGCAGCCGUUAACGGCGUAACGGGCAGCUCUCUCCCCGCCGUCACCACCGCUCACCGACUCGAUACGAGCCAAGAUGGCGUCGGAGGGACAGUCCGAGUACGAGUCGGUGCUCUGCGUCAAACCCGAAGUCAACGUUUACCGGAUCCCGCCCAGAGCAUCCAACCGGGCGAUCAGGGCUGCUGACUGGAAGCUGGACACUCCUGACUGGUCAGGACGCAUGCGUGUGACGGCUCGGGGGAAAGUAGCCUAUGUGAAACUGGAAGAUAAAAUCUCUGGGGAACUGUUUGCUCAAGCACCAGUGGACACAUAUCCUGGCAUCGCAGUGGAAACAGUGAGCGACUCCAGUCGAUACUUUGUCCUGCGUAUCCAAGAUGACAACGGCCGAAGUGCCUUCAUAGGUAUUGGAUUUGUGGACCGAGGGGAUGCCUUUGACUUCAACGUGGCUCUGCAGGAUCACUUUAAAUGGGUGAAACAGGAAAAUGAAUUCACAAAGCAGGCACAGGCUCCAGACUCUACCCCGAAGUUGGACCUUGGAUUCAAAGAGGGACAGACGAUAACUCUAAAUAUUGGGCAAUCUAAACGGAAGGAAAGGUCUCGCCCGCAGAGUUCUGGUGGACUUGGGCUUCUUCCGCCACCGCCAGGAGGCAAAUUGGCUCCACCGCCUUCAUCUAGAACCAACAACCAUAACAUCCAACCACCUGCAGGAAGUGACAACACAGGUUGUCUCCUGGAUCUGGACUCCAGUAACUCCAACUCAGUGGCUCCUUCCAAUCCAACAUCAACCGCCAGCUCCGACUUGUGGGGGGAUUUUGAUUCUGUCGCCCCGAAGUGAGGUGGCAUAAAUGUAGUCUUACUCCUGCUAAUCUCUAUACUCUAUGAAAAUUAUGCAGCACUUUUGCAACAUUGCUUUCCCCUAAUGUGGGGUCCCAUAUCUCUCUCUGCCGAGCAGGGUAACCCCGAAGUUGAAUUAGGUUUUGUUUGGCUUUCGAUGCACCCAGUCGGUCCAGAUCCCUUAAGAACUCUAGAGCUAGACUAAUAUUUAGAACCCUCUGAUGUUACAUUCGUCUCUGUUUUGUUGUCACACUGUUGUUUCUUUCUUGUUUUGUUCUAUGGUUUACACUGUAAGAUAUAUAGAAAUGAUGAAUAAUCACAUAAUCUGCAGCAAUCCGCUGAAUAGAAUUAAUAUAAUAACGAAAGAGUGAAUUAAUUGUACAGAGAAUAUAACAUGUGUAUAUACAUCAUCAGUGGUGUGUAAAUGUCCAUGGUGGUGUUGUGAUGUUGCUUCUUUGUGCCUCUCUGCACAAGGCGCUCGAGUUACUCUCUCCUGACCUCAACAUUCUAUUGGCUCACAUGGUGAUACUUGAAGAAAUCCUGCUGAGCUGUAGGUGAUCUGGGCUCAACAAUUGUUCCGGGCCUCAGUUUGGUCGUGAACGCAUUAAAGGGAAUGAGUACAUUUGCUGGAGAGAAGCUGUAUGUUGUUUGUCCUAUAACUUGUGAACCUCAUCAUGUUGCAGAAAUGGAAUGAGAAAGUGCUUUUAUUUAUUGUGUUAAAGGGAAACUUUGGGUUGAUCAUCUCAGCUGGUUCACUUAAGACUGUGACUCAUGAAGGUCUUUAUCUCUAUCCUGGUCAGUGUUCAAAGCUGCCUUCGGGCACCCACGUCAACUUUGUGUUUUAAACGAGCAGGCGAUGAAAAGUCGACCCGAGCAUGUUGAACUGUACUAAUUACACGUUAUUGUUAGGUAUUUGAUGCUGACUUUAGCAGUGAGGGACCAAGCUUGCAGUUUCCUUGUGAUAUUCCGUGCAGAUGGACAAUGUUGCGUGCAAUGAUGAAUGUCAACUGAAGAACUUAACAGUGUUUGUCGGUGUUUGUCUGUUCACUGACUGUCAGUCAAACUGUAAGUGGAAAUAAGCGGCAAAGGGAAACAUAAAUAUACAACUUGAU